GUUCCAUGUCUGAAGGGCAGAUUGUUAAUUGUUCAGUGCUGACAACCACCAAAUACUGCGAAACACUCACUCCCUGAACAUCGACUCACUAGCACUGCUCUUCACUACCCAGUUCAAUGUUGACUCCAUGACUCCUCGUUCCUCAAAUCUACCACCACUCUGAAAUAAUCCCAUUCCUGCUUGACCAUUAAAUUUGUUUGUCCUCGAACAACAUCUUUCACCCUUCGCAAUCUUUUUAAUUCGUCGUUUGGGCCUUGAGCUUUGUACUUGUACCUCUUUUAUUUCGGGCACCCGUUUCAUUGGGCUAGUUUUCACUUCCACCGCCCACAGCCCCCCCAACCCUCUUCGCCCUUGGGUGUUGAUCUACUUACCGUCUGUCAUCUCUCCACCACCAACCCGACACCAGCUGUCACCACUGCCCAAGCUCGUUGCGCGCCCACCACUUCGUCACUUCACCCUAUUCUUCCAUUCUUUUUCCUCCUCCCAACACCUUCUCGACUUCUCGACUUCUCGACUCCUGGCCUUCUCUUUUCAACAUCCAACGUCAACAUCAUGGCCGAAUGUUGAGCCUCUUGGUCGCUUUUACCAUGACUGUCAUUCUACCCUUGUUCCUCCAGUCUUUGUCGACUGCGCUUACCGGAACUCUCCAGCCGCUCAAUCAACCCCUCUAAACCACCAAAAACACCCUCACAUUCUCUAUCCUUCAGACCAUUCGCAGAUAGUCUCGAAUCUUUACACCAGAAUCUUGUCCCAUACUGGAUUGGCCGGUGCCACAGUCCAUGAACAACGACAUCGCCUAGACGCAGGCUAAGCAGCCUCAGCUCAACCCACCACGACUACCACCACCACCCACAUACUCCCACAUCCACCGUUGGCGCGCCUCGUCCCUCCAACUCACCCCCUUCGCCCUUCCUUUUCUCGAUAUGUCUCUAAACUCGGCCCCGCCCACUCAGGCACACGCCUACGAUCCUCAGAACGAGGUUGAUGUUCCCAUGGAAGACGCCGAUCCAUACAACAGGUCAAAAUACCCCCCACGCCCCAUGCAUCAACAUCGUCUUUCUACACAAUACAUUCCUGAAGCUUCCUCUGCUGCUCAGCGCUAUUCUCCCAUGAACGUCCAACCUGGAUCCUCUGCAUAUGCCUCCAGCCCAAAGGCAACAGCCUCGAACAACUUCUCCUACCUCAAUCAGACUCCUUCCUCGAGACACUCUCCCACUCGUUCCACCAGCUACCAGAGCGAUGCAUAUGGGGAACCUCCCACCCCGACCCGUUAUCCUUCCAACUAUGCUGCGGGUAUCCAGAACAAUGAGCUCAGCCCUGAUGCGUAUUAUCCCUCCAACACCCCCAACACAAGACCGCCGCCAUUGUCUAGGCAAUCUUCCCAAGCUCGUGGUUUGGGUCCUGUACCCCGAUUUCAAAAGGUCAAGACAAUGCAGGAUCUCACACCUCGAAUCAAUGCACAGCCUCAAUUUCGACGGGCGAACCCCGAGGGUGGCUUCAUCAGCCCCCUGCAGGCCCUGACUUCUUACCUUCCCGCAACAUAUCGGAUAUGUAACCCAAGCUUCAAAUACGAGUCGUCUCGAAACCCGAGGCGAGUUCUGACCAAGCCGAGCAAGGGCACAAAGAACGAUGGCUACGAUAACGACGAUAGCGACUAUAUUCUCUACGUCAACGACAUCCUAGGCAGCGAGGAGGCCGGCCACAAGAACCGUUAUCUCAUCCUCGAUGUGCUUGGCCAAGGCACAUUUGGCCAGGUUGUCAAGUGUCAGAAUCUUAGAACUCAAGAGGUGGUCGCGGUCAAGGUUAUCAAAAAUCGAACCGCAUACUUCAACCAAAGUAUGAUGGAAGUUUCUGUUCUAGACCUGUUGAAUCAAAAACUCGACAAGAAUGACGACCAUCAUCUCCUCAGGUUGAAGGAUACCUUCAUACACCGCCAGCAUCUCUGUCUCGUCUUUGAGCUGUUGAGUGUCAACUUGUACGAGUUGAUCAAGCAAAACCAGUUCAGAGGCCUCAGCACGACCCUCGUCCGUGUCUUUGCCCAGCAGCUGCUGAAUGGCCUGACACUGUUGAACAAAGCUCGCUUGAUUCAUUGCGAUCUGAAGCCAGAAAAUAUCCUGUUGAAGAAUCUCGAGAGCCCCAUCAUCAAAAUCAUUGAUUUUGGUUCUGCUUGCGACGAAAGGCAAACUGUCUAUACCUAUAUUCAGUCCCGCUUUUAUCGCUCCCCAGAAGUCCUUCUUGGACUGCCGUACUCCUCUGCAAUCGACAUGUGGUCCUUGGGCUGCAUUGUGGUUGAACUCUUUCUCGGCUUACCUCUCUUCCCUGGCUCUUCCGAAUACAACCAAGUAUCACGCAUAGUUGAGAUGCUGGGCAUGCCUCCAACGUGGAUGUUGGAAAUGGGCAAACAAUCCGGAGAGUUUUUUGAAAAGACAAAUGAUGAGUUCGGCCGUCGAACCUAUCGAUUGAAGAGUAUGGAGCAGUAUUCUCGCGAGCACAACGUCAAAGAGCAGCCCAGUAAAAAGUACUUUCAAGCGACCACUCUACCAGAAAUCAUCCGAAGCUAUUCUAUGCCACGGAAGAAUAUGAAACCGGCCGAAAUCGAGCGAGAAAUGAAUAAUCGCGUUGCAUUUAUCGAUUUUGUUCGAGGACUCCUUACGACCAAUCCACUUGAGAGAUGGUCUCCUCAACAGGCCAAACUGCAUCCUUUCAUCACACAACAGAAGUUUACCCAGCCAUUCGUACCCCCAAUGAACCUCAAAUCGCCUUCUUCGAGCAAGACACCCGCACCUGGUGUUCAACAACAGCAACAAGCCGAAGCUCUGAGCAAACAAAGGGCUGCUCAAGCGGCACAGGCGCAAGCUCAGGCUGCUCAGGCGCAUGCACAGGCACAGGCACAGGCACAGGCACAAGCACAAAAUGCAGCCCAGAACGCGUACGCAAUGCAAAUGACUCCAUACCCACAAUCGCAACCUCCCAUGUAUAACACCAUGUACCAAGGGCAUCAACAAGGUGCCCCGCCUCCAUAUCCAGCUCACAACGCAAAUUACGCUCCGCCGAUGGGUAUGAUGGCCCAACAAAACCCCCAGAUGAAUCCAGCGCAUUACGGCCACCAACAGAACCUAUACGCGCAAGCUACUCAGAGGGCAGGGCGACAACGUGCUUCUACCAUGGAUCAACAGCAGGCAGGAAUUCCUGCAGCGAUCCAACGUGUUGCAAGUCAUCUUGACCCCAAUGCUCCAAUCAGGCUGCAGCCCAGCCCGGCAUAUUAUCCACCACCCGCUGAUGGCUAUGUUGACUCCCCAUCUUCGACUCGACGGCGAGGAAGUCGGAACCAAAGGAAUCGUGACUUCAUAAGAACUCUGGAAGACGGGGCAAUGGGGGACACUUUCAUGAACAAGGCGCAAUGGCACUGAACGUUCGAGGGGUUUCUGAUCAUGCAUUGUAAGAAAUACCGCUCCCGCAUCACAGUGUGUCCAUCCUACCUUGACACCAGAAGGCGUCGGUUGAUGAUGAUGACGACGAUGGUCGAAGGGUCGGCCUGCUGGUUUGACUACACAUAACCUGGGCCCCAAAGUGGGAUCGGUUCAACCUGAUGGCUUUUAUAAGUCAAGUUGUCGCGGAGGUACGGCUUCCCAAGGGCAGAGGCUACGAGCCUAUCACGGCUUCGGUAUUAUUAGCCUCUACACUGGAGAAAAUUGGCAUGCUGACUGCGAGCAUUGCAGCCUACUUUUGCGGCUCGUGCCACUGGAUUCUGCCUUCAUCCGCGUGCGGUCACGAGACAUGUACCUGACACCAUUUGGGAAAGCUAGCACUCUCGGAACAUUACCAGUUGGGACAACAGAAAGAGAGCUGUACAAGUCCGACUAAGUGGAACUUGUCCGGUACUAGUCCAAGUCUCUCAGGUUUCUGUUUCCUGCCGAGUCCCGUUACCGAAGUAGUAUAUCAUAGAACUCAAUCAGGACAAAUUUUGACGCACUCUACAGGUGGGCAGUGGUUCCCAUCGGGGACAUAAUUUCCCGCUCUAUUAUUGAAUCAAUGCACGCCCAUAGAUCUAACAGACAGCUUGACUGCCCACAGAAAU